UAAAUCAGCACCCAUCAAUUUCACAAGUGUUGACCCACAAUUGCCAAUUUCCCUGAAUUUCCAAAAUCUCUCUCCUCUUUUGGAGUUUCUGUGACCCGAAAAUGGCGGUUUGGAGGACCAAAACAUUCUUACUCUUAAUCCUCUUUCUUUCAGCCUCUUUCACUUUGGAUCUAUGUAAUGGCCAACAAACCCCUGCUUCUACCCAUUCAUGCUCCCAUGGUCAUCAUCAUCAUCAUGACCAUGAAACCCCCCAUCAUCAUCAUCAUCAUGGAAAUCAAGAUGAUGAUGUUAAUCAAUCAGCUAACAAAAGAAAGCUUCUUCCUGAAGAAUUAGCUGAGGAAGAAGACCUGAAAUUGUAUGGAUUUGCAUCAGAAAACCACCAUCAUCACCACCAUGGGGAGCACCUUGGUGGGUCCCACUCACAGCUAUCUGGCAUUGGGCUUUGGAUUCAUGCAAUGGGGUGUUCUUUGCUGGUGAGCUUGGCUUCUCUUAUCUGCCUGAUUAUUGUUCCAGUUUUAUGCGCACAUGGAAAACCAUCUAAGGCGGUUGUUGAUGCGUUGGCGCUAUUUGGGGCAGGAGCUAUGCUGGGUGAUGCUUUUUUGCAUCAAUUACCUCAUGCAUUCAGUGGUGGGCACUCUCAUGUGCAUGAUCAUCAUGAUCAUUCUGAAGAUUCACAUUCUCAUGCUCAUUCUCUGAAAGAUCUCUCCAUUGGAUUGUCAGUCCUAACUGGCAUUGUAGUUUUUCUUAUCGUGGAGAAGAUUGUUCGAUUUGUUGAAGAUUUUUCUGGAGGUGAACAUUCAGGAACUCAUGGUCACCAUCACCACCACCAUCGUAAUAGUAAAGAAAAGAAGGAUGAUAAUGUUGAUGAGAAAUCAUCACAGAAGGCAUCUAAAGAGAAAGUAGUGGAUGGAGCUGGUGAUGCCACUUCAAACGCCAAGCAAGUUGCUGAGCCUCAAUCUGAAUUGAGAAAGAGAAACAAAAAAGGCAAAGCUAGUGAAAACAAGUCAGAUAUCGAUGUUGCUGAUGGAGGCGAGGUUGAAGCCAAGCCUACGGAACAACCAUCAAACCUGGUUUUUGGUUAUCUCAAUCUGUUCUCAGAUGGUGUGCACAAUUUUACUGAUGGCAUGGCUUUAGGAAGUGCAUUCUUGCUUCAUGGAUCUGUUGGUGGAUGGUCGAGAACUGUAUUCUUGCUCGCCCACGAGCUCCCUCAAGAGGUUGGCGAUUUUGGAAUCUUGGUGCGAUCAGGAUUCACUGUGUCAAAGGCUUUGUUCUUCAACUUCCUAUCUGCACUCGUAGCGUUAGCAGGAACAGCACUUGCUUUGCUUCUCGGCCAGGAUCCAGGACAGUCAUCUCUCAUUGAGGGUUUCACAGCUGGUGGAUUUAUCUAUAUAUCGGUUGCAGGGGUCUUAGCAGAGAUGAACAACAAUGGUAGCCCUAGUGUAAAAAGUAGUGUAAGUCAAUUGAUUUCACUCAUAUUGGGAAUGGCUGUUGCCCUUUGGAUAUCUCUUGUAGAAUGAAAACCCUGAGGAAAAAUAAUUCUUCCUUACCAUUUUUUUUAGGUUGAUUAAAUUUUGGAGAUUUGGAUAUUAGGAGUAACAAAUCACAAAUUAAGUGGGUUUGUUUAACGAUUAUAUAGUUGUUACUACAAUUAAUUUCAAAGGUAAAAUUUGACUUUAGGUUUUUAUA